GCCGGCUUUUGUUGUCUCCGCCUCCUCGGCCGCCGCCGCCUCUGGACCACGAGCCGCGCGCGCUGGGACCUUGGCUCUGCCCUUCGCAGACUGGGCUGAGCGGGCCGGUCGGGACCAAGGGUGGAGGGCGGCCAGAGAGCCGCGGGCCCCGCCAUGGAGCUCCGGGCCCGAGGCUGGUGGCUGUUGUGCGCGGCCACCGCGCUGGUCGCCUGCGCCCGCGGGGACCCCGCCAGCAAGAGCCGGAGCUGCAGCGAAGUCCGCCAGAUCUACGGGGCUAAGGGCUUUAGCCUGAGCGACGUGCCCCAGGCAGAGAUCUCGGGCGAGCACCUGCGGAUCUGCCCCCAGGGCUACACCUGCUGCACGAGUGAGAUGGAAGAGAACCUGGCCAACCAUAGCCGAAUGGAGCUGGAAACAGCACUCCAUGACAGCAGCCGUGCCCUGCAGGCCACGCUGGCCACCCAGCUACACGGCAUUGACGACCACUUCCAGCGCCUGCUGAAUGACUCGGAACGCACACUGCAGGAUGCCUUCCCCGGAGCCUUUGGGGACCUGUACACGCAGAACACUCGGGCCUUCAGGGACCUUUACACCGAGCUGCGCCUCUACUACCGUGGUGCCAACCUGCACCUGGAGGAGACACUGGCCGAGUUCUGGGCUCGGCUGCUGGAGCGCCUCUUCAAGCAGCUGCACCCCCAGCUGCUGCUGCCUGAUGACUACCUGGACUGCCUGGGCAAGCAGGCAGAGGCGCUGCGGCCUUUUGGGGAUGCCCCACGGGAACUGCGCCUGCGGGCCACCCGUGCUUUUGUGGCAGCACGCUCCUUCGUGCAGGGCCUGGGUGUGGCCAGUGAUGUAGUCCGGAAGGUGGCUCAGGUACCUCUGGCCCCAGAAUGCUCUCGGGCCAUCAUGAAGUUGGUUUACUGUGCUCAUUGCCGGGGAGUCCCUGGUGCCCGGCCCUGUCCUGACUAUUGCCGAAAUGUGCUCAAAGGCUGCCUUGCCAACCAGGCCGACCUAGACGCCGAGUGGAGGAACCUCCUGGACUCCAUGGUGCUCAUCACUGACAAGUUCUGGGGGCCAUCGGGUGCGGAGAAUGUCAUUGGCAGUGUGCACAUGUGGCUGGCGGAGGCCAUCAACGCCCUCCAGGACAACAAGGACAUACUCACAGCCAAGGUCAUCCAGGGCUGUGGAAACCCCAAGGUCAAUCCCCAUAGCUCUGGGCCUGAGGAGAAGCGUCGACAUGGCAAACUAGCCCUACAAGAGAAGCCCCCGACAGGUUCUCUGGAAAAACUGGUCUCUGAGGCCAAGGCCCAGCUCCGAGACGUUCAGGACUUCUGGAUCAGCCUCCCGGGGACACUGUGCAGUGAGAGGAUGGCCAUGAGCCCUGCCAGUGACGACCGCUGCUGGAAUGGAAUAUCCAAGGGCCGGUACCUACCUGAGGUGAUGGGUGAUGGACUGGCCAACCAGAUUAACAACCCUGAAGUGGAAGUGGACAUCACCAAGCCAGACAUGACCAUCCGGCAGCAGAUCAUGCAACUCAAGAUCAUGACAAACCGUUUACGUGGAGCCUAUGGUGGCAAUGACGUGGACUUCCAGGAUGCCAGUGAUGAUGGCAGUGGCUCAGGCAGCGGUGGUGGAUGCCCAGAUGACACCUGCGGCCGGAGGGUCAGCAAGAAGAGCUCCAGCUCCCGGACCCCCUUGACCCAUGCCCUCCCUGGCCUCUCAGAGCAGGAGGGACAGAAGACCUCAGCCGCCAGCUGCCCAGAGCCCCACAGCUUCUUCUUGCUCUUCCUCUUCACCUUGGCCCUUGCAGCAGCCAGGCCCAGGUGGCGGUAACUGCCCCCUAGCCCCAAGGACUGUCUUGGCCAAAACAUACAACAGACAAUAUUUAAUUCCCUUGGCCCUCAAGGCUGAGGGUGGGAUAUGGAGACAGUAGCUCUGAGUGCUGGGGCAGGGUGCAUGGGGAUCCUGGCCUCCUGGGUCUGGCCAUGCCUGUCACCCUAGCUUUUAAUUUUGUAUCAGGUCAGCUGCGAGCCAGUGUCCCCAAAAGCCAUGUAUUUCAGGGACCUCAGGGGCACUUCUGGCUGCACACUCCUCCCCUACCCUCCUGCACCACCCCCAGAAGCUCAUGAGGCCAACCGGAAGGGUGACUUUUAGCUACAACCUCCUGGAGACCUCAAGUGAGCCUGUGCCUUCCUCUCCUGCCUCUUCCCACUGGGGACUCCCCACCAGACCCCAUGGGUCAUAGAUGUCAAAAACUGAGGCCCAUCCCUCAGCUCCCCAGGAAGCCUGCAGGGGACACCGGUAUGUCAUUGUCCAGGCUCUGGCAGGGCCUUCAUGAUAUGCAUGACACCUUCUACUCAGAAGAAGCUCUGCAGCCAGGAUCUCCACACACACCAGACCAGGACCCUGUGCCACUGUGGAACUCAGUGAAUGUGGUCCUCAAAGAAGACCCACUGUGGGGUUCCUCUAGUGUGACAUAGCUGAGGUGGCAGCUGGCAUGGCC